AUGGCACCACUAUUUGAUCCAAAAGAUAAGCAAUUGUCAGUAGCUUUUGUAUGCUUGGGUAAUAUUUGCAGAUCACCUAUGGCUGAAGCUAUAUUUAAACAUAGGGUGAAAGAAUUAGGUUACUCGCCAUAUUUCAGUAACAUAGAAUCAUUUGGAACAUCAGGAUGGCAUAUAGGAGAAUCACCCGAUUCAAGAUCUUCAAAAUGUUGUAGAAAACAUGGAGUUCCAGUAAAUCAUCAAGCACAACAAAUUUCCACAAAGGAUUUUGAUAGAUUUGAUUAUGUUAUUGGAAUGGAUGAGAGUAAUUUAAGUGAUUUAAAAUAUAUGAGACCUAAGAAUAAUAAGCUGGUGGUUGAUGUUUUUGGGAAAUGGAGAACUAAUGAAGAGUUUGAUAAAAUUGUUAGUGAUCCUUACUAUGGUGGCAAUGAUGGGUUUGAGUAUAACUUUAAACAGAUCAAUCAUUUUACUGAUGAGUUUUUGAAACAAGAAAUUGGUACAUUAGAUUAA